UACUUACUGCACCAAUUCUGUAUUUUCUGUUUCAUUUCGGAAACGUCGAUAAACGGUCUGUUGGAACACUCACCCACACAACGGUCAUACAACCACCCAGUUGCGUUCGUCUGUUCGUCAUGACUACAGGUCGGGUAACCCAGUUCCUCCCUAGCAACACUUCUCAUUCAAUUUCCUCUCCAACUCACAAUAUAGACGACUGUCAUCGAUCAUCGCCUCUAGCUAUGCGAGAAACGCGUCUGAGAACGUUAUCCAACUCGGAUUCAUUCAGCAAGGGAGGUGAAAUCCGUGUGAAGUUUGAGUACCAGGAUGAGAAGCGGAUUCUCAAUCUUCCUCGCCCUCUCUUGUUCAUUGAUUUGAAAAGCAGAAUCAAGCAAGAUUAUGGAGUGAAUUUGUUCACUGCGUGGGUUAAUCCGCAGACUCAAGAGACGUCUCCGCUGUUGUGUCAAGCCGAUAUUGAUCGUGCAGUUGGAGUCGUCGACAAAAACAUGUCGUUUAGUAGUCUACGGAUAGUUCUCUCUGAUACCUCAAUCAGACCACGAAAACCGGCAACAGUUGGUGCAGUCAGCAGUCAUAGUGCAAACGUAGUUGGGUUUGCGACCGAGCGUCACACGGUAGCUCAUCAACCGGUUCGUUCUCAGUCUGAGGUGUUUAACGUACCGGUGGAGAUGUUUGCUGUGGAGCGUCCGUCUGAGUCACUUCCGGGUGAUAUUAGCGUGCGUGGAAACAGUAGUAUUGCGUUCUUACGUGAUGAUUCAUUUGGAAGAGAUUCUCCACCUCCUGGACAGACGUGGGAGCCGAUGAAUAGACCGCCAUCCGUUUAUUCACAGACAGCGAAAGGACUGAUGAAUGAGGGAAUAUUUAUAGAAGAAGAUGACAAUGAAGUUGCACCUGCAGGUGAGCAACCUCCCGGGUCGUAUAUGCAUCGAGUUCCACUAACACCGAGUCCAAACAGUGGCUCUCUUACGAAUAUCAGUAUAGCAAGUGCUGGUAGUGGUCACCACAGUCCUGAAAAUCUCGUCUACCCACCACCAAGACCAGGAACGUACCCAAGAAGAAGGAAGACAGUGCCAGACGCAUUAGAGACACCAAUGCAAGAUCUUUACAAGACGUUUCCUAGACGACGGAUGACUACAGCAGGGCUGCUGCAGCGCUUGUUUUCUCGAGAUCAGCAGGACAGUCCUGGUGUGUUUACUCCUGAGUUUCAGUCGAGUACAGAGAGUCUCGAACAGGCAGAAUAUUUGGAGAUGACAAUGAAACCACUGGCAGACACGACGUUUGAAGAAAUGUAUCAACCACCAUUGGAAUGGACGCGGGGACGGCAACUCGGGUCAGGAGCAUUUGGCACGGUGUAUCUGUGUCAUGAUAGAAACACUGGACGUGAGUUGGCUGUGAAGCAAGUAGACAUCACACAUGCUAGUGAAUCUAAAGCGAAAAAGGAGGUGAGUGCUCUAGAAACCGAGAUUGAAAUGCUAACGAACUAUCGACACGAACGGAUUGUAUUAUACUAUGGAACAGAGAGACAUGACAAAGUUCUGUCAAUUUUCAUGGAGUACAUGCCAGGGGGAUCCAUUCAUCAGUUGCUGCGUGAGCAUGGAGCUCUCACAGAGAGAUUGGCAAGGAAAUACACACGCCAGAUCGUCGAGGGAGUUCGAUACCUGCACUCGUAUCGUGUUAUGCACAGAGACAUAAAAGGUGCAAAUAUUCUUCGUGAUUCAACCGGUAAUGUAAAGCUUUCAGACUUUGGCGCAUCCAAGCGUCUUCAGAGUAUAAGGAGUUUAACAGGAUUCAAGUCGGUCCACGGUACGCCAUAUUGGAUGAGUCCGGAAGUGAUCAACGGGAAAGGAUACGGUCGAAAGGCUGACGUUUGGAGUGUGGGGUGUACUGUCGUUGAAAUGCUUACAACAAAACCUCCCUGGCACGAGCUUGAGGCCGUUGCCGCCCUCUUUAAGAUAGCCACUGAACCAACAGUCCCACACUUGCCCGAAGAUGUAUCCGAUCCUGCUCGGGACUUUAUCCAUCGAGCCUUAACAAGGGAUCCUGCAGACCGACCGUCAGCAGACGAACUGCUAAAACACGAAUUUGUUUGUAGCGAGUGGACAUUUUAAUCGUCUUUGCUAUUUAUGUAUGACUGUUUUUGUUUCAUAGUCAAUCGGGGUUUUAUUGCUGGGUUGCUGUACAUCAACCGACGUAUUAUGGUGUAACGACUAUUUGACAUCAAACACAGCCUGCCUUGUAUGCACACACGCUGUACAUACAUACAGUUGCCAUAUU